UGUAAAGUGUAUGAGUUUGGGAUGCCUCUAUGUAGACAGAACGAUGAGGGAUUGGGCAGAGUUAUUGUAACAAAAUGGCGGGCUAUUAAAGUAUCAAUAACUCAAAAUUUAUACGGUAUUGAAGAAACUCUUGCCUCUCCCAACUAUUGUUAAUGAUAGAUAUCAGUCAUGGCUUCAAGUGAAGAAUGGAAUGUGCCUAAUAGUGACGACGAGAGAGACAAAGAGCUUGUUUUAACAUCACAAAACGGUGAAAACAAAGAUGACAUCCCAAUCAAGGUUUUGGAAUACUACGAAGAAAUCGAGAAAAACAAAGUGUUAGAACUUAAAGUAGAAGAAUUUAGAAAGAUUGUUCCUGUUUUGAAGGAUAACUCGAAAGAUAUUGAUGGUUGUGGAGUGAACGAGCGAAAAAAUGAUGUAAAAUGUGAGGAAGAUAACACUGACAAAUCUAAAGAUGCCAUUGUCAUUGAGGACGAUGAAGACAAAAAAGAAGACAAAAGGGCAAAUGAACCAUCAGAAUUUGAUGAAUUYGAUGAGCCUGAGGAAUGCCAAGGACACAUACCAAAGAGAACGCCGAAAUCUGGAAGAUUACCCAAGAAACGUGUUGGUACUUUAAAGAAUGUUAUCUCAAAUCUAAAGCGAUUUAGGGAAAUGGACAAUGUUUCUGAAGGCAAGGAUACCAAGACAGAUUCAUUUGAAGAAGGAAAAGAGGAUAGAAGUAUUAUAAUAACUGAGGACAAGCCAACCAAURCUAGUGAAACAUGACCUCAGCUGAUUUUGAUAGUGAUCUGCAAAUCACUAGCACCGACUUGGUACCACAACAGUAUACUCCUCUACAUGCCAGACUCAUGUACACAUAGUCAACAGGCAGCUGUCUURCAUUGGUGUGAAGCAAAGACAUAAAAUAUUUUUUUAAAGAAAGAACCAAUUAACAGACUUGAAGGCUAACUUAAGAAACGUCAACCUUAYAACCUACGAGGAAAUGAUAGUAAAUACACAACAAUUUAAUAACUGUACAUAUGGAUAUCUAGACAAAGUCCUCURGAGAGAGAAUCUCCUGACUCUGAUCCUUGUAUUAUAAUCUUUGAUUUCGUCAGCCAAGUGUUUCUUGAUAAUACACUAUAACAUGKACAAAUUAAUAAUUAUGUAGUAUGUAAUAUUAAUUCUUUUGUACUUGGUACAUAGUUUCCAAUAAAAUAAAUUGUGAAUACUGUCAAAAUUAAU